UUCCAUACUUUGGCUAUUGUUGAUAGUGCUGCUAUAAACAUGGGGGUGCACACACAUAUUUUUAUAGUACUUUCAGCCUACUAGGCUGAGAAUGAAAUACAUUUUGUACCUAUGACUGAUGCAGACACAGGUACAUUAUUUGAUUUUUCUUACAUUAAAUAUUAUAAUUUUCUUUUGUGACAAUAUUGAAUUAAUUGGUAUGACCUAUGACAAUUUCAUGAGUUCAUGAUUUAUUCAAAGAGUUACUUGUAUACUCCCAUGCCCUGUCUUAUAACAUGCUAAAUUCACAUCCUGCCAACAUUUUAUUGCUUUGAAGAUUGCUUUUAAAAAUUGCUAAAUACUUGCUGUUGACAGGAAACAUGUGGUAAGAAAGAAUGGACCCGAAAAAUGGAAGUUCUUUCACUGGCUUUAUCCUGCUGGGUUUCUCUGACCGGCCUCAGCUGGAGCGAGUCCUCUUUGUGGUUCUUCUCAUCUUCUAUCUGCUCACCCUGCUGGGAAACACAAGCAUCAUUGCGUUGUCCCGCCUGGACCCACACCUGCAGACUCCCAUGUACUUUUUCCUGUCCAACCUAAGCUUUCUGGACCUGUGUUACACGACCAGCACUGUUCCUCAGCUGCUGGUUCAUCUCAGGGGAGCAGACAAAUCUAUCUCCUUUGCUGGCUGUGUAGCUCAGCUGUUUGUCUCUCUAGGGUUGGGAUGCACAGAAUGCAUUCUGUUAGGGGUGAUGGCAUUUGACCGCUAUGCAGCCGUCUGCAGGCCCCUGCACUACACAGUGAUCAUGCACCCCCGUCUCUGUGCCCUGAUGGCCUCUGCAUCAUGGGUCACGGGUUUUGCCUACUCCUCAUUGCAGACGGUGCUCAUUUUUCUUGUACCGCUUUGUGGGAAGAAUAAAAUAGACCACUUCUUUUGUGAGGUUCCCCCAUUGCUCAAGCUUGCCUGUGUUGACACCACUGUGUAUGAGUCUGAGAUCUUAUUUUUCAGUAUGGUCUUUCUUUUCAUACCUGUGGCAUUAAUCACAUUCUCCUAUGGUCAGAUCAUCAGAGCAGUGUUAGGAAUAAAGUCAGCCGCAGGACAGAGGAAAGUGUUUGGGACAUGUGGGUCCCACCUCACUGUGGUCUCCCUGUUCUAUGGCACGGCCAUCUAUGCUUACCUGCAGCCCAGCAACAACCACUCCCAGGAUCAGGGCAAGUUCAUUUCUCUCUUCUACACCAUUGUCACCCCCACAGUCAACCCCUUCAUAUAUACCCUGCGGAACAAAGAUGUGACGGGUGCAAUGAAGAAGGUGUUCUGUUGGGACUAUGACUCCAGAUGACUGGGGUGAAGACUCUUUGAUGGAACACUUUGAAUGUCAGAGGCUUUAAGAUUGUGUGUCCUUUACGUGUCGUCCAACAUUUCCCCUGACAACUCUCAAGGGAAUUUCCUUACCUCAUUCUUCUUUUUAAGUAACAUUUUCUGUUUUAAAACUUUUUAAAAAAAAGUUUAUUUAUUGAGAGAGAGAAAGAGA